AGCCAGUGACAGAUUCGAGUAGGAAAAUGGCGUCUCCGAAAACCGUUCCGAAAGAUGCACAGGUGAUGAUGCAGAUUUUGAAAGACAUGGGAAUCACGGAGUAUGAACCCAGAGUCAUUAAUCAGAUGUUGGAGUUCACGUACAGAUACGUCACCACUAUAAUCGAAGAUGCCAAAAUAUACGCCACACACGCUAAGAAGGCCAACGUGGAUGCAGACGACAUACGGUUAGCCAUCCAGUGUCGAAUGGAUCAGUCCUUUACGUCUCCGCCUCCACGAGAUUUUCUGCUCGAGGUUGCCAGGCAGAAGAAUCAAACCCCUCUGCCUUUGAUUAAGCCGUACGCAGGUCCUCGUCUUCCACCAGACCGCUACUGUUUAACGGCGCCCAACUACAGGCUCAAGUCGCUGCAGAAAAAGGUGUCUUCGUCUGCGGGGAGGAUCACGGUGCCGCGGCUCAGCGUGGGGGCCGUUUCCAGUCGCCCGAGCACGCCCACUCUUGCUACCCCUUCGGUGCAGACAAUGGGCUCGAAAGUAGGCACGCCGGUGUCACUAACAGGUCAGCGCUUCACGGUUCAGAUCCCGUCCUCUCAAGCUACAUCUGCGAAAUCGGCGACCCCGAGCACUCCAGGCACGGUCCAGAACGUCCUCAUCAACCCCUCUCUCAUCGGCUCCAAGAACAUCCUCAUUACCACCAACAUGGUGUCUCAGAACUCGUCCGGUGACUCGGGCUCCUCGCUGAAAAGGAAGCACGAAGAUGAUGAUGAUUACGACGCCUCGUGACCCUGGAUGGAAAUAAUCAUUCGUCUGGAUCCGGGACGCCGGUUCUGCUUGUAAAUAUAUGUUCAUUUGCCUCCGGUCUUGCAGCCAUGACGUCAUUUUGAUUAUAUAAGUAACUUUAGCGUCUUGCUCAUUGAUUUGCUAAUUUUUUGUAAGUAAAAAAUAAAAUGUUUUGUUGCUUUUUUUUUUCUUCUAAGAAUUAUUAAUAUAAACUAUGCGCUUUUUUUUUUUUUUGUAUCUGUGGGGAAAAUGGAUAAUGGUUACUGAGGACAAAUUGACAUGGGUUUUAUGAUGGAUCUCAAAACAGCAUGUUUUAUUUUAAAAUGGAAUUUGAUUAAAUGCAAGGAAGCGACCAGAACAGAGUGACAAAACUCUAAAACAAAUCUUUUUUUUUUUUCCCCCUUCUUUUAUUUCUUUUUGUAUUUUCUGUAUAUAUUAAUAAACCUGUCCUGAAAUCCCGAAA